UUCCAGGUCUCUCCCUCCUGAGCAGCGAUGGGGGCAGGUUGGAUCCUGGGGGCUGGGAGCCACUGGGCUGGGGCUCUGCUAGUGACACUGACGGUGCUGAGAACCCACCUGGCUCAUUGCAUGGAGCUCCCAAGGCGGGUCGUGAUCCAGGCGAAGUUCGGCUGUCACUUCACCAACGGCACCGAGCGGGUCCGGUUCCUGCACCGACACAUCUACAACCGGCAGCAGAUCGCGCACUUCGACAGCGACCUGGGGGUGUAUGUGGGGGACACGGAGCUGGGGCGGCCCGACGCCGAGUACUGGAACAAGGACCCGGCGAUCCUGGCGGACAGGCGGGCUUUGGUGGACACGUUCUGCCGGCACAACUACGGGACGGCGCAGGUGGGGAAGGUGGUCGGCCGCACAGCCGGCCCGUUCCAUGUCCCUGUUUCAGAGGCGCAGUCUGACUCCGCCAGGAGCAAGAUGCUGACGGGGGUCGGGGGCUUCGUGCUGGGGCUGAUCUUCCUGGCGCCCGGACUCCUCAUCUACCUGAAGAAUAAGAAAGGGCACCCUGUUCCCCAACCUGCAGGGCUCCUGAGUUAGAUCCUGGGUGUCAGAUCCCCCGGCUGGCAGGAGUUUCCAUCCGUCCGUCUCUCCCAGCACCUCGCCCAGCCCGGAGAAUGCAGAACCUGGGGCCGGUCCCUUCCUGUCCCCGUCUGCUCCCCGCACUCCUCCCAGCUUCAGCCCGCACUGCCCCCGCCUGGGGACCUGUCCCUGCCCCUCUGUCCCAGCAGGGCCCUGGGGCGACCUCUCCUGCGUUAACCCUUUCCCUGCCCCAGCGCAGUCCCAUGUUCCCUCUCACUGACCCCACUGCCCUCGGGGAACCUUUGGGGGACGCUGCUCCGCAGCCUGGGGGAAGCCAGACUGAGGCCGGGCGCUGUUAGAACUGCUGCACCCUAAUAAACCAUCCCCAGCCCCCCA